AUGGACUUAGACCUAGACCUGGACCUAACCCUGGACCUGGACCUGGACCUGAGCCUGAAUCUGGAUCUGGAUCUCUGUAAAAAUGUACGGAGCCCACUAAGGGACACACACAGGUUAGUUUCUUGUGACCUUUCGGGACAGGGGUGUAGAGCUCUGGCUUCAGCUCUGAGCUCCAACCCCUCCCACCUGAGAGAGCUGGACCUGAGCUACAAUCAUCCAGGAGACUCAGGAGAGAAGCUCCUGUCUGCCAGAGUAGAGGAUCCAGACUGGAAACUGGAGACACUCAGGAUGGACCAUGGUGGACUGCAGUGGUUGAAGCCUGGUCUGAGGAAGUAUGCCUUCGAACUGGAGCUGGACCCAAACACAGCGCACAGGAACCUUAAACUGUUUGACAACAACAGGAAGGUGACCCUUGUGGAGGAGGAGCAGCCCUAUUCUGAUCAUCCAGAGAGAUUUGAUUUCUAUGAACAGCUGAUGUGUAGCGAACCUCUGACAUCUGCUCGCUUUUACUGGGAGGCCGAGUGGAGCGGAGGGGUUCUUGUAUCAGUGACUUACAGAGGAAUCACCAGGAGAGGAGAGAGUAAUGACUGUAGGUAUGGAAGGAAUGAUCAUUUAUGAUUACUCUGAACACAAUAAAAAAAAUCAUACUUAACACCCUCCUCCUCCUCCUCCUCCUCCUCCUCCUCCUCCUCCUCCUCUGGUAGAGUAGCAGUGUAUGUGGAUUAUCCUGCUGGCUCUCUGUCCUUCUAUAAAGUCUCCUCUGACACACUGAUCCACCUCUACACCUUCAGAACCACAUUCACUGAACCUCUCUUUGCUGGUUGUGGGUUGUGGUCAUAUGGUUCCUCAGUGUCUGUGUGUCCUCUGCAGGUCUGAGAGUCUCUCUUCUCUGGACAGAAACUGACUGCAGAUCGUUGCUUAAAUCAGUUCAGUGUGGUAAAUCACUCUGAACUGUGAAUCAAAUCUGUAAACCUGGACAUUUGUUCUAUAUUUAGUUGUCUUGUUUAGGUUUGGAGAAUUGUGUAACUAUUUUCAAAGUAACAGUAUGUUAUAUAUGGUCUCCUGAAAUGUAUCUCCAUUGUAUCCCCUUUGAGCAUUCGUCUGCCAGAAGCUUUCAUAAACUUACUUUUAUUCCAGUUUAAUCCACAUUCAUACCAU